GCCGCUUCCGGCUGGGGACGUGGCCCGGCGCCGCCAUCUUGUGCGGCCGCCCGAGGGAGCGCGGAGCGCAGCGCAGCGAGGGACCCGCCGCCGCCGCCGCCGCCAUGGUGCUGUUGGCAGCCGCCGUCUGCACGAAGGCGGGGAAGGCCAUCGUGUCGCGACAGUUCGUGGAGAUGACGCGGACGCGCAUCGAGGGGCUGCUGGCGGCCUUCCCCAAGCUGAUGAACACGGGCAAGCAGCACACCUUCGUGGAGACUGAGAGCGUGCGCUAUGUCUACCAGCCCAUGGAGAAGCUCUACAUGGUGCUCAUCACCACCAAGAACAGCAACAUCCUGGAAGACCUGGAGACACUCCGUCUCUUCUCGAGAGUGAUCCCCGAGUAUUGUCGAGCUCUGGAGGAGAAUGAGAUCUCUGAGCACUGCUUCGACCUAAUUUUCGCCUUCGAUGAGAUCGUCGCCCUGGGCUACCGUGAGAACGUCAACCUGGCACAGAUCCGGACCUUCACCGAGAUGGACUCUCACGAGGAGAAGGUGUUCCGAGCCGUGCGGGAGACUCAGGAGCGCGAGGCCAAGGCGGAGAUGCGGCGCAAGGCCAAGGAGCUGCAGCAGGCGCGGCGCGAUGCCGAGCGGCAGGGCAAGAAGGCGCCGGGCUUCGGCGGCUUCGGCAGCUCGGCCGUGUCGGGGGGCACCACGGCCGCCAUGAUCACCGAGACCAUCAUCGAGACUGAGAAGCCCAAGGUGUCACCGGCGCCCGCCAGGCCUUCAGGUCCCAGUAAAGCCUUGAAGCUGGGUGCCAAGGGGAAGGAGGUGGACAACUUUGUGGACAAGCUGAAAUCAGAAGGAGAGAACAUCAUGACUUCCGUGGGCAAGCGCUCGACAGAGGCAGCCAAGGUCCUCGCUCCUCCUGUGAACAUGGAGAGCGUGCACAUGAAGAUAGAGGAGAAGAUUUCCCUGACGUGCGGGCGUGACGGGGGGCUGCAGAACAUGGAGCUGCACGGCAUGAUCAUGCUGCACAUCUCCGAGGAGAAGUUUGCACGGAUUCGCCUGCACGUAGAAAACGAAGACAAGAGGGGAGUGCAGCUCCAGACUCAUCCCAAUGUGGACAAGAAGCUCUUCACUACAGAGUCACAGAUCGGUUUGAAGAACCCAGAGAAGUCAUUCCCCAUCAACAGCGACGUGGGCGUGCUGAAGUGGAGGUUGCAGACCACGGAAGAGUCCUUCAUUCCAUUGACAAUUAACUGCUGGCCGUCAGAGAGUGGGAACAGUUGCGAUGUGAACAUUGAAUACGAGUUACAAGAGGAGAGCCUAGAACUGAAUGAUGUCGUCAUCACCAUCCCCUUGCCGUCUGGUGUCGGCGCCCCGGUGAUCGGGGAGAUCGAUGGUGAGUAUCGCCACGACAGCCGGCGGAAUCUCCUCGAGUGGUGCCUGCCCGUGAUAGAUGCCAAAAACAAGAGCGGCAGCCUGGAGUUCAGCAUAGCAGGACAGCCAAACGACUUCUUCCCGGUGCAAGUCUCCUUCGUCUCCAAAAAGAACUAUUGCAACAUACAGGUUACCAAAGUGACCCAGGUAGACGGGAACAGCCCUGUAAGGUUUUCCAGUGAGACCACCUUCCUGGUGGACAAGUACGAGAUCCUGUAACGCCAGCCAGGGGGAAUCACAAAGGAUGCAAUUUUUAAAUUAAACCACAAACCCAGAGGCCGAAGUUGAUUGCGAAUGUUGGGAACGCCGCAGCCCCUCUCCGCCGACACGCCCGGCUCGCCCGCUGCCUGCCCGGCUCACAGACGCUUCUGGCACAGAAUCGACGUGCUCAUGGGGGGAGAGGCUACGAAUUUCUUUGGCAGAUGUUCCCCCAGCCAUCGGAGAAGCGCCAUCUCCGCAGCAAGCCGGGCUGCCACGCGUCCCCUGCUCCCCUGAAGAUGGGCCAGCGCUCGCUCCCAGGGCCUCCACGCGUCCUCCUUCCUGAAGCGUCACACGCUGUUCCGUUGUUGGUGCUGCCAUUUCAGUUUCUCCUCGGCCCUCAGCUCUGGUUUCCCUUGGUGAAAGCGGGUGUUAAGCUCACAGGCACAGGUGCACCUUGCUUCUGCCAACCCGCCUGCCUGCUGCCCUCCAUGUCACAGAUUGGGGUUGUGGUGGGGCCGUGGGGCAGGAGGAGGGACUUGGGGUUCAGUCCCUCCACCCCAAGGGGUUGCUACUGUCUCUGGCCUUGCAGCACAGCCAUGGCCCUGUGCCUGGGCUCCCAUCCCUGCCUCGGAGGGCUCCCAGCCGCAGGCUCUGGCUCCUGCUGCAGGGGGAAGUGUCCAGAAGGGACUGUCCCCUGCACGGGCUCGCUGCCUGCUGCAGCCGCUCUUGGGCCAGGCUUUGGUGAUGGCUUCAUUAGGUUAGAGCCAGCUGUGUUAGAACCCAGGGCCCACUCGGUGUCUUAGGAGGUUGAAGGCUUUGCCCAGCAGCUCUGGAGAUGGGGUUAGUCAGCCUGUGUGUCAGGAGCUGUCCCAAAUGAGUGUUCUUCCUCAGUGCUUGUGAAUGGAGGAGAAGGAAAUGCCAUUUUCCAAAGCAGUGGGGGCUGCUCUUGAGUACAGGCGGCCCCCCAGGGUUGUGUCUGAGGUCCCAGAGCCCGUGCUCCUCUGGCUGCCUCACAAGCAUCAUUUGCCUCAUCUCACUGGCUGUGCUCCCUCAAACCUUGCCUGUGCAGCUUGAGGUCUGCAGGGGAUUGCACCGCCUCCUGGCUCUUAGUCCUGAGCAUGUAAGUGGAAAGCAAAUGCUCUAGAAGUGUCUGCUGUGCUUCCCAGAGCACACCUCUGUGAGCAGGGGUGUCUCAGUUCCCCUGGGGUCCUCUGCCAAAAAACUUUGUGGCCGUUCCUCCAGCAGCACCCGGAAGGAGAUCAGCCCUGUCCCCACGGGGAGGCAAGAGAGCAGCCCCCCUUCCCUAGCGCGGUAGGUGAUGAAUCCUGGUGACUCGGUUGCAUGUGGGAGCGGCUUGUCUGUACUACUUUAAAAUGGAGUCGAGAUUAGUUCCACCAUCCCAAGAGCUUCUAUUAUUGUUUUGUUUCUUUCUCAAAUCGGUUGGAGGAGGAUACCAAAACCGAGCCGGGACCCCCCUUUUUGUAACCCCCUACGUCCUGGCCUGGGGCAUAGCGCACAUUCCAGUGUACACGGAGAGUCUCCCGUCUUUAACCCAAUAAAAUGUUGUCCGAGGA